AUGCCAUCAUUAUUGUCAAAGGUGUUUCCUAAUUCACCAUCUAUUGCCUCAAUUCAAAUACUUUCUACAAUUAUUUGUCUCCUUUGUACAAUUUAUUUCAUUUUAUCAAUUUUUUAUCCGUUUUCCUUUGAAAAACUUAUUGUUGGAUUGAGUUUUCAACCUUUGAAAACAAACAUUACUAUACCUGCUAAUAUUACAAAACUUAUUUCAAACGAUGGCAAUUCUCUAACGAUUAAUACUAGUAAUCCGAGCAACAAGAGUUUCAUUUGUGAUUAUACAAAAACAAAUAAUACACAUAGUAAAACAACUAACUCAUCAUUUGAAGAUCAUCGUCUAAAUGCACUUCGUCCUUACUGUGAUAUUGUUCCAACACCUCGAAAUAAAUGGAUUUCAGCUAAACGAUAUGAAGAAAGUGAUAUCGUGUUUAUCAUUUAUACAGGUGCACCGUUUUAUCAAACUCGUGCACUAGCAACUCGAGAUACAUGGCUAUCACGUGUUACACAUAAAUAUUUUUUUAGUUCAACACCAUAUCCAUCAUUACCUGUAACUGUUAUUGAAGGUGCUGGAGAAAAUUAUAUGUCUAAUAUGAAAAAAUUAUAUGAAGGAAUGAAAAUAGCUUAUCAAGAACAUAAUCAAACAGCAAAAUUUUAUUUUCUAGCAGGUUGUGAUACAUUUGUGAAUGUUCCACAUUUACUCAAACGUCUUGACCAUUUUAAUCAUACCCAACCUCUUGUUAUCGGUGGUCAUCCUUUCGGUCAUCCAUGUUAUAAAAACAAAAAUAAAAUGAUUGCGGGCGUAACAUAUCCAUCAGGUGGUGCUGGUUUUUUUCUCAGUGCUACUUUGAUGAAAAUGAUGUAUCCAAAAAUAGAUCCAUUUUCUCGGAAUGAGUGGCCAAAUGAAAAAGUACCUUAUAGUGAUGUGGCUAUUAACUGUCUUGCAGCAUCGCUGGGUGUUCAACCUUCAUUUGUACCAGGAUUUUGGGCUCUUACUCCAGAAGAAACAGUGAAACGCGACGGACUAUCAAAACUACAUGCUGAUUCUGAACCAAAUACAUUUCAUUAUGUUCCACCAACAUCGAUGUAUAUUCUUGAUGAGUUCUAUGUUUUUCAACAUAUUGAUCGAUUAGCAAAUGAUAACAAUUUAAAUGAACUUGUAAAAUUUGCUCGACAAUUCGUAGCUGUACAUUAUGAGUUAUUACGUAUGAAAAACAAGGAAUGUACAUUACCACCAGUAAAAUCAACAUGA